GGGCGAUAGCGACGCGAACGAGCGCGCACGCGAGCAGACGGAUCCGAAUCCGAUGAGACGCGCGUCACGAACCCGCAGAGAUGCUGAAGCAGCCGCGAUAAUUGAGGGACAUUUACAAAAACACGGCGUUGUUUGUGCAUAUAUCAGAGAAAAGGAUAUCUCUCGCCGACCUCAUGGAUGAACACACCGCAUAUAUACACCAUCUGACGUCUUCGCGGAUUUUAAAGCGCAUUUUGUGAGAUUUAUAAACCACACCCGGCGCUGUGGUUUAUAACAGGAUUGAGUGGGCACCACACGGCUCCAAUGCCAGACCCAGACCCCUGUCGCUGGCGUUAGGGGACGAGCCCAAUCACAGACAGGAUGAGCGCAGGGCAGGAGCAGACAGACAUCCUGUCAGCAGGCAUUCUGGUGAAGGACCGAUGGAAAGUACUGAAGAAAAUUGGCGGUGGCGGUUUUGGCGAGAUCUACGAGGCCCUGGACCUGAUGAACUGCAUCAGCGUGGCUCUGAAAGCAGAGUCCGCUCAACAACCCAAACAGGUUCUGAAGAUGGAGGUGGCGGUGCUGAAGAAACUACAAGGAAAAGAUCACGUUUGUCGGUUUGUUGGAUGUGGCCGCAACGAUCGCUUUAACUAUGUUGUCAUGGAGCUUCAGGGCCGUAAUUUAGCCGAUCUGAGGAGGAGCAUGAACCGGGGCACUUUCACAGUCAGCGCUACACUAAGACUGGGUCUGCAGAUGCUGGAGGCCAUUGAGAGCAUCCACUCUGUUGGCUUUUUACACCGUGACAUCAAACCGUCCAACUUUGCCAUGGGUCAAUUUCCUAGCACAUGUCGAACUUGCUACAUGUUAGAUUUUGGUUUGGCGCGCCAAUUUACAAACUCCUGCCAAGAAGUCAGACCGCCCCGUCCUGUUGCAGGGUUUAGGGGUACAGUACGAUACGCCUCAGUCAAUGCCCAUAAGAACAAGGAGAUGGGAAGACAUGAUGACCUGUGGUCUUUGUUCUACAUGCUGGUGGAGUUCUUGGUUGGGCAGCUCCCCUGGAGGAAGAUAAAAGACAAGGAGCAAGUGGGGAAGUUAAAAGAGACAUACGAUCAUCGGCUCAUGUUGAAACACCUGCCCCCAGAAUUCAGUGUUUUCCUGGAGCACAUCAGCAAUUUGGACUACUUUACCAAACCUGACUACCAGCUUCUGAGGACAGUUUUUGAGAAUAGCAUGAGAACCUACAAUGUUGUGGAAAAUGACCCGUAUGAUUGGGAAAAGAUGAGCUCAGAUAGCCCACUGACAAUCACCGCUGCAGCAAACACGCCACAGCACCAUACGCGCCUCACACCAGCUCAGAUGGGCAUUGUGAAUGCCUCACAGCUGCCUGGAGAUCUGAAGGAGAACACAGAUGAAGUUCUGCAAGAUGAGCAGCUCAGUGAUGGGGACAAUGCUCGGCCCGAGAACCUGCCUGGAUCUCCGAACCUUCCUCUCAGGAACCAGGAGACUGAUGUCUGGGAGGGCCUGGACCGCAACCGGAACCAAAUCUGUCCUGCUGUCUGGAAGAUGGGAACAGAUGAUGAGCAUAGCAACCAAGGCAAUCAAAGCCCCCAUGCCGGGCCUAGCAUUGGCUCACCAGUGCGAAUCCGGUCAGAGGUGGUGCCCUCAGAUAGAGACACUCCUCUUCUGAGGAAACUGCGCAACAUCCAUAGCUUUGAGCUGGAGAAGAGACUAACUUUGGAGCCCAAACCCAACACUGAGCGGUUUGUAGAGGCCUGUUCUGGCAAGCAGCCACCUGGUACGGCAGGUCACACAGAGCGAGUUUGGCAUUAUGACGAGGAAUUCCGCUCUGGUGGUGGCUCGCCCAAGCCUGCUUCACCGGGAUCUCCUGAACAGGGCGACGGUGCAGCUAACAGUGGCUUUGUUGCUCUAAACCUGAGCUCAGGCCUACAAGAUGUUGAGUUGCAUGAUUGGGUGAUGGUAGAGAAAGGCUCUGACCUGCCGGUCUUCAAAGGGGCAGCAGGAAGUAGCCCAAGUCGUGAGCCUAAACUCACUAGUAGCCCAUCUGAUGAGUGUGAAGAGGAGCCAGAAGUUUUGCAGCCAAUGGAUGAAUCACCAGAUAAAGAAUCCACUCCUAGUCCCGUACAUGUAGGUGCCCACAGACCUCACACAGUCCAGGGCCCACAAAGGAUGGAUCGGUUGGAGCUCAGUGUAUUUCCCACUGCUGGUGGACCUCCUGUUACCCCGACCAGCCCUGGUGAGGCACUGGCUGAAGGAGCACUCACACAGCUGCCCACCUCUCCUGCAUCCCAACCUGAGGAGCUUGUGGCAAGGACGUGCAGCCCCCUGCUCCUGCGCUCCCCUAGCCCGCUCACCUUCCUGACCACCCUGUCGGACCCCCUCCACCAGCGCGCCCCGCCUGGGAUUCAGCGCAGCCAAUCUGCAGACCACCCUUCCUCAUCCACUUCCUCUUGCCAUGCCUGGCUGCCACUACCUUCCCAGCCCCGUGCUGCCCAUUCGCCUGGACGCAGGAAACUUCCUGCCAUUCCAGCGACUGCUGCAAACUCCAAGUUCCCCUCAGUCAUACGAAUCACCCGCGCUCAGCUUCAGCAGCUGACAGCUCAGCGUCCCUCUGUUCUGUCCUCCCAGUCUGCAUCUGACGUGAGACGUGAUACUGAAAAUGGCAACAAUGAGAUGCAUCCACAUGACAACACAGCUGACAUCAACUCCCCACAGGAGCAGGUUGCCUUCCAGCCCACCAGCCCCUCUAAUGUUGAGGGGGAUCCUUUGCUAAAUGGGAAUGGCUCUCUGAAACCUUCAAGCCCAGUGCCAAACCUGGUCCCAUCUCCAUGCACACCUCCCUCUCAGCGUAGCCCAGUUCUCAUGAAUGGCUGUCUAACACCUCCUUCAGACACACAGAGAGAUGGCAACGAGCAGCCUCCAAAGCUAAAAGACCCCAAGAGGGAGUCUCCCAUCAUUAAACGCUCUGUCGAACACAACCAGUGCACUCUGGAGGAGGGAAAGGAAGAUGCUCCUUCCAGAAACGGCACUUCUUCUCCAGUUUCUGCUCCCAAACAAGACCCCAGUCGUCGGCACAGCCGUAUCCCAGUGUUAGAACCAUCUAGCCUUGUGGAUCCACUGACUGGAUCUGCUAAAGAGAAGUUGCUGCAGAGGAGGGUUCACCAGAUUCCUAUUUCACCCUCCGGUUCCCCAUCAUUAUCCUCUGACAGGCGUGUAAUCGUGGCUGCCGUGCAGCGGGACCAGAUUUCUUCUGUCUCUUCUGAACGCUCCCAAGAUGAAGAAUCACUUCUGGGUUCUCGUUCUGAUCAUCAUGGAGAUGAUGCUCCUUCACUGUCCUCAUCCUCUAGUCCACUUUUACGGAAGAGCAAGAUACCACGCCCAAUCACACCCACAACGAGCGGGGAAGCCGUUACUGAACACUUCAUGCCCCGUCCACCAUCAGGAAAACCUCCUAGCCGCUCCACUUCGGAUGGAAGGCUAAGGCGGUACAGGAUUCGAGCCGGCAGCACCGGUGACUCAGAUCUGCUGACCUGUCUGGCCCAGCUAAUGCACACCAGGUCGCCCUGUGACUCUCCACACCCCUGCUGCUCCCCUCCCCAGCACAUGAGCACCAGGCACGUGUUCGGCGGUCCCACCGCUGUUCACCACCUCCACCAGCGCAGCUCUAGCGCCUCCCCCCGCAGCUCCUCCUCACUACAGCGCUCCGUCAGCUCUUCCCCGUCCCGCCACGAGCACCGUGGGGGCUGUCUGGGCCGGAGCCGUUCUCCUCCCAGUUUAUCGGGCUCACCUCCUCUGCGCCGCUCUCAUCCUCACACGCAGGAAGGAGGCUGUGGGAGACAGGCCCACUCUGUCACCGUACACAUCCAGCGGGGCAAAGCCGGCAUCCGUGAGGUCAGGUGCUCAAACAAGCUGAGCAGAUAGUCAACCACAGGUUUCAGACACUAGUGGAAGAUGUGAACGAGUGAAAUUGUGAGCAAGUGAAACUUUCCACAAUAGCUAACAAAAUAUGAUUCUCAUUCCUUCGCACAUCAGCAGCUCCAUUGCUUUCUCUGCAUCAGUAGCCUCAAUUUUAACACGCUGGCUUUUGGGAACACCAAAGUCACUUUUAGAACAUGGGAGGUUAUACAUGAAGGUGAUUAGCUGGAUCGUUAGUACUUUAUAGUUUCUUUUCUUUCAAACAUUCCAGAGCUUUCAUGAAGAUGAUUGUAUGUAUCCGUGAUCUACACGAGUUUUGCAUCAAGAUCGGCUGUACUACAGUAUUUAUUACAUUAUUUAUUUGGGCUUUGAUGAAUUGCAGCCCUCUCUGAGCAGUGGCAGGUACACUGAUAGAUCAUGCCAUCAUUAACCCUUUUUUGUGCUUGUGCUUUGGGAACUGUCAGCACUUAGACAUGGCCUGAAACAUUGUACGCAACUGAAAUGCUUUAAUUGGCAUUAGGGCUGUCAAAAUGGCUAGAAAACUAAAUUUAAAUUUUGUCAUUUUGUACUUUUAUUAAUAUUCAAAUUAUAUUCAAAUUUAAAAUGCAUAAUUUCGUUUAGGGUGGAAAAAAAGCAUUUGGCUUUUCUCCUGAAGCCACAAGAGGGCGUCUAUAGCAAAAUACUACCAAUGAAUGUUUAUUCAAAGCAAUAAAUAACAUAACCAUCUGUGAAAAAAGUGCAUACUGUUUAAAAUAAUGUUUAUAAACCAAUUAUUAAUUAAGUUACUUAAACAACAGUGUAUUUUUUCAUUUAAAAAUAUGAGAUGCAGUGGGAUGGGGGAACCCCCCCCCUACCCCCACCCACCCAGCAUAAAGUCUCGAGAUAUGUUUUUUCAAAGUUGAACUGGAAUUCAUUUUACAUGGCUUUCUACACGUUCCUCUCUCUUGAUGAGAGACACGAGUGCAACGGUAAUAGAUGUCCCUCUAGAAAAUGCGCGAAACAUGCGGUUUCAGUUUUGAUGUAAACAAGAGCUUCUCCCCAUUGAUGUUCUCUUUUUCCACAAUAUUUUUAAUGAACAACACACCAGCGACACAUUUAGUGGCUUCAACUGGAUAGGCUAAUAAAACAUUAUAAUGCAAUGAUACAUCAUCAUCGCAUAUUAGGCACCAGUUAAAAUUUUUUUGGAAAUUCAUUUGAAAUUUGAUUUUUUUUUUUUUUUUUGACAGCCCUAAUUAACAUGUUGCAUUCGAAAUCUCUGAAACAAAAUCUCAGUCAUUCGUUUUCUUAGACCGUAAAGCCCAAAGUAUACUUUGGUUUUUGUUUGUACGCGAGAGUCUGUGAACCGUGUGCAUGACGCAAAUUUAGUCACCAGUAGAGUAACUUACACAUGUACUGUAUGCGCGCCACCCAAUUUUUACAAUAAGGGACAAUAAGUAACUUUUUAGGUAUUUUAUUAUCUAAAAUCAAUAUUUUUAUUCAUAAAUA